UCUGUUAUUCAUCUUAUUCUCUUUUUUUCAAUUUUUUUUUGUAUUGUAUACAGGGUUUUAGGCUUCUCUUGGGCAAAACCAUCUCUCAUCACAAGCAGAGUAUAAUGCAGAGCAUGGGUCGCAGUUGGAUGUAUGAUAGAUUUUCUUCACCUAAUGGUGGGCUAAAAUUGAAUUUAUUAAUGGAGUUCAAGACUUUAGAGAAAAUCAAUGGGGAAAGGGAAGGCCAAAAUCGAGAUCAAGAAAAUCGAGGAUUUGCAGAAAAGAAAUAUCUGCUUCACCAAGCGCCGCCAGGGGCUCUUCAAGAAGGCCGGCGACCUGUGCCGCCAAUACCCGGGAACCAGCGUAGCCGCCCUUGUCUUCUCCCCCGCCGGGAAGCCCUACAUCUUCGGCGAUCCCAAAGCUCUCCUCGGAUCUGACCAAGAAGCAGAAAAGGGUUUGGAUGGGAAUCAGAUCGCUAAUUUGGGCGAUUUGGACGCCGUCAACAUAAAUGAGUUACCGGCCGGUCCAAAUAGUAAGAAACGAAAUCGGUCGGAUUGGGAGUCUUCUCAUUUGGGCGAGUCUGAUUCAGAAGACUACAUGAACAAUCCCCACAUCUUCGGCGACCCCAAAGCUCUCCUCGGAUCUGACCAAGAAGAAGAAAAGGGUUUGGAUGGGAAUCAGUUCGCUGAUUUGGGCGAUUUGGACGCCGUCAACAUAAACGAGUUACCGGGCGGCCCAAAUAGUAAAAAACGAAAUCGGUCGGAUUGGGAGUCUUCUCAUUUGGGCGAGUCUGAUUCAGAAGACUACAUGAACAAUCCCUACAUCUUCCGCGAUCUUCUUGCAGCCGAAGAAAAAGCAAUUUUUUUGGAUGGGAAUCAGAUGUCUGAUUUGGGCAAUUUGGACGCGGUCGUGAACAUAAACAAGUUACCCGGUGCAAUUGAAGAAAAAGGAGAUCGGUCGGAUUGGGACUUUUCUCAAUUGGUUGAUCUGGACGAGUCUGAUUCGGACUACAUGAACCAGUCAUCGAGCAAUGAGUGGGAUUUGAGCGAGCUGGCAUCACACUAUAUGAUCCAGUCCGAAGAAAAGUGUUCGGAUCACGCAAAUGCGAAUCACUUUGUGGAUUUGGGCGAGCUGGAAUCCAUGUUGAUGGACGAUUAUUUGGGCAAUGACUUUCUUGGGGAUGUCGAGACCUACGCGAAUCAAUUGCUUGAACUUUGAGUACGAGGAUCGGGCGAUUCAAAUAACGUCCAAUUUCUUAAAUUUUUUGAUGCCGAGUUCUUCGUAGACACGUAAUUCUUUCUUUAAUUCAUUUUUUUAAUUUUAAAUUCUAGAGCGUAGCUAGUUUUCAUCAUUGGAUGAAGAGAGACUGAGAAUGUGCUAAACUUCUGAUUUGGCAAUAUAAUAUGAUAGCUCUG